AUAAGCACAGCCGCACUGAUAGUAAUACAAGAACAUAUGACAAUAUCCUAAUAUAACUUUUGUUAGCUGUUAUUAUAUUAACGCGUACGAAAUGGCCAGAACUGGACUUUCAAAAGAACUACGGGAAGCGCUGAAGCAAGCGUUCGAGGAUGUUGACGUGAACCAGACGGGUACCAUUAGUAGGGGAGAGCUGAGGUCCGUGCUGCAGCUUUGUGGCCAAAACCCGACCUCGGAGGAAGUGGCCGCCUACCUGGAGGGUUCAGAUGUGCCCGGGGAGAUGAGUCAGGAGGAGUUCUUCCGGUUUGUGGAGCGGCGUGUGCCGCUGAAGACGCCCAGUCAGAUCGACCAGGAGCUCAUGGAGGCCUUCGAGAAGUUUGAUGACGACGGAGACUUCACCAUCAGCAAGGAGGAGUUCAGAAAGGUGAUGACCCGGCUGGGUAACGAACCCUUAACAGAGCAAGACGCGGACGCCCUACUGGAAAGUCUGGGCUCUCUUGAGACAGAGGGGAAGCUUAAUGUCGCAGAGCUUGCCAAGCUGUUCAUGGGAUGACUGCCAAACAGACAACAUGAACAUUCUUGUAUAUAUCUGUCUAUCUGUUUAAUUUUGAAAUUAAACUUUAAUUAUU